GGCGGCCUGUGCUCGUCGCGAUUCCGGAGUAGAAGAUGCUCCUCGCUGGUAAAAUCUGGAAAAAGACAUAGAGAAGAAAAGAACGCGGGCCGUUUUCGCUCGUCGGAAGAGAGAACAAAAAUCGGAACUGCGAUCAAAUUAUAAUUUCGAAGGAGCGAAGGUAGAGUGAAAAUGGCGGAUGAGGAAGGCGAGCGGAGAUCUCCAGAAAUUGCGUCAACUCCGUCGCUACAACCUAAUUUCAAACCUAAACCUAAAGGAGUCACUCAUGAGCAGCUCUCUAAAUUUCAGGAGCUUCACAGGAGGCGACUUCAGAUAAAAUCAAGGUCAAAGAUAAGAAAGAAUACGAAAGGUUUGACUGGAAAAUCUCAAAUCAAGGAUCUGAAUACCAUUGAUGAAGUUACCGAAGUUGAACACUCGAGACUUUCCAGUUCUGAUGUCGAUUUUGGGGAAAAGAGCUCCCAUGUUCAGCGAGAUAACACAAAAACUACACUUCCAUCCAAAAAGCUACACAAGUUACAUUGGGG